GCCGACUCAACCCGGUCAGACUGUCCGCGCCCCUUGGCCUCGAGCGAGUCCGCCAAAGCGAUUGCCGCCAGCCUGGCCUCGGCUACAAGCGUCGCCCAACUGACAACAGCUGGCUCUGUGGCUGCAAUGAACAUGACACUGGUCUCCUCAACCAACACAACCACACCUCUUGGCCUGCUGGCACACGGACAAAGUCUGGUGGCUGAAUAUCCUCUCGGUGAGAUCUAG